UCACGUCACGUGUAUCAUAUCAUCACAUUUGCAAUAACAGCCUUUCAAAGUCUACUUCCAAAAUGUCAUCCGCAUCCUCAUCAGACUCUUCUAGCCCACUACCAGUCAAGAGAAAGAGAGUUACCGAAGAACAUGAUGAUGUAGCACGCGACGCAGAAACAGCAGAUAUCGCAGAAGACACUGUGGCGUUGUCUCAUGCCGAAAAACGCAGACAGAAGAAAAAAGACCAGAAAGCUGAAGACCAGCCAUCGAAAAAGAGAAAGGUGACGGAUGGCUCCGUAGCUGGUGUCUCUACCAAGGACUCGAAGCCCACUGGCAAGCCGAAACGUCAGAAUUCGGUCUGGGUGGGUAAUCUCUGGUUCAAGACUACGCCAGAUGCACUGCGAAAUUUCUUUGAUGGCGUCGGAGAGAUCACGCGCAUACACAUGCCCACGAAAAAGGGCACCAAAGGAGAUAAUAUGGGCUUUGCCUACGUCGACUUUGCUACGCCGGAUGGCAAAGUCACAGCCAUAACCCAGUCCGAACGAGAGCUUCACGGUCGGAAUUUGUUGGUUAAAGAUGGUAUGUAUACUCAUGAUUUUGCGGGCCGUCCCACAUCAAAACCAACGGAGGGGACGCAAGAGAACGAUAAGGGUCCAUCUGCAGGAAAAUCAGUGAGCGGCUUGACGAAGACUCAACAGAAGAUUCUGCGGGUACAGAAGCAGCCUCCCGCGCAAACAUUAUUCCUCGGAAAUCUUGGUUUUGAUACCACAGUGGACUCGAUUCGUGAACUCUUCGAGGCUCAUAGACAUCCGCAUAAGGCUGGAAAAGGCCAUGUUUGGCUACGAAAGAUCCGCAUGGGAACUUUCGAAGACAGUGGUGCAUGUAAAGGGUUUGCCUUUCUUGACUUCACCAGUACCGAACAUGCAACUGCUGCCCUGAUCAAUCCUCGCAACCACCGUCUCAAUGGUCGAGAUCUAGUCGUGGAAUAUGCUUCUGCUGACGCAGUCCGUCGCGGUGGUGGUCCAAGAUUACAACAAAAUACGGUGACCGACAACACUGACACUGAAUCGCGUCCACAAUCACAUUCGCGCCCAAGAAGACGCGAUGAAGAUGAGAAAGAACACCGCACACAACGAGAUGACGCUGAAUCGACACCUCAACGGAACCAAAAAGAGGCUCCACGGCAUAUGAAAGCUGACAGGUCUCGAGGACGCCCGAAACCUGGUGCUGCACUAGCCCAAGCGCCGCGUGAAUCUGCUGCUAUCAUACCCAGCCAAGGUCACAAAAUUGUGUUUUAG